UCUCCCUCAAACUUAACGUCGUCUCCGACUUUCACUGCCAACCCUAACCCUAACCCUAAUGUCCCUCCGAUGGCAUCUUCCGAUGACGACUUCCCGCUGAUCGGAGACACCACCACCACCACCACUUCCAGCCACCAAACAAAUCCUGAUUUCCACCACCAACUCGCUGCAACUGCUCACUUACUAGCCUCGCAGGCGACUCAGAUUAAUACACCACCACCUCCGCGGCCAACACAGGAAGCCAAUGGAGAAGGUUAUAGCGACGGGGGGUUCUGUUCACAGCCCAUGGUUGUCGUUCCGUACGAUGAUGAGUCGGAUCCGAACAGAUCUAGGAUUAACGGUGCACGAAGCGAGAAAUGGAGCGAUCGGGAAGAGCUUAGCGAUGGAGGAACACCGUAUAAUUAUAGUAAGAAAGUAAAGCUCGCGGCUUCGUCUUCAGGCGGAGAGUAUAGGAAGGAUAGAGAAGAGUGGAGUGACACUGCCAUUGCGUGUCUGUUAGAUGCGUAUUUAGAUAAGUUUAUGCAGUUGAAUCGUGGGAAUUUGAGAGGGAGGGACUGGGAAGAGGUGGCGGCAAUCGUCAGCGAAAGGUGCGAGAAGCAGACGAAGAGCGUGGAGCAGUGUAAAAACAAGGUGGAUAAUUUAAAGAAGAGGUAUAAGUUGGAGAGGCACCGGAUGAUGAAUACAAAUGGGGGAAAUGCCAUUAGUCAUUGGCCUUGGUUUAAAAAGAUGGAGCAGAUCGUCGGGAACUCAUUGCCAUUGAAGGCUGUGUUGGGCGAAGAGAAUUCGGCAGGGGGAAUGAGUAGUCCUGUUAGACAGUCUAAGAGAUAUGCAACAGCAACAUCUAGCCCAAGCUGUCAGAUCACUGCUAUAAAGUCAAAACCAAUAACAAAUGCUAGAUGGAGGAGAGUUGUUUUUAAAAUUAGUGGUGCUUCUCUGGCUGGAACCAGUUCUCACAGUGUUGAUCCGAAGGUGGCCAUGCUGAUCGCUAGAGAAGUAUCAAUGGCUUGCAAUGUUGGUGUUGAGGUGGCAAUAGUGGUUGGUGGGCGCAAUUUCUUUUGUGGAGACACAUGGGUUACAGCUACUGGUAUGGACAGAAGUACUGCUUAUCAGAUUGGUAUGAUGGCAACUGUGAUGAAUUCCAUAUUAAUCCAGUCAGCGCUGGAGAAGUUGGGUGUUCAGGCACGUCUGCAAUCUGCUUUUUCUAUGCCAGAGGUCUUUGAACCAUACAGUAAACACCGAGCAAUCCGACAUCUAGAAAAAGGGAGGGUGGUAAUAUUUGGUGGCAUUGGUGCUGGCACAGGAAAUCCACUCUUCUCUACCGACACAGCCGCUGCUCUUAGAGCAUCAGAGAUUCAUGCCGAUGCAUUUGUCAAAGGUACUAAUGCAGAUGGUCUAUUUGAAUGUGACUCCAUCAGCAGUGUCACAUUUGAGCACAUUUCUUUCAGGGAGUUGGCUUCUAGAAGUGCAUCACCAAUGGACAUGAUGGCUGCAACAUUUUGCGAAGAGAACGGGAUUCCUGUUGUGAUAUUCAAUCUUCAUGAGCCUGGAAAUAUAUCAAGAGCGCUAUCCGGGGAACAUGUUGGGACCCUAAUUGAUCACACGGGAAGGGUUGGCUAAAUCCCCUGAUGGAUCUACUAUUCCAUUCUAUCCAAUUCAUUCGAUUCCGUUAAUAUUCAUAUCAGGUACCCUCCUACAUUUGGUUUAGUUGUUAUAGAUGGCUUGCUUUCUGCUAAACAAAAGCAACAUCGUAUGAAAGCAGAAGGGGUGGGUGGGGAGAGCAUUGUGUAUGGUUAUCUAGUUAAUAUCAAUAGUCGUUAAAAUGGGUUUAACCGUGCAUGUGUGUGUCGGGCGGUCUGAUGUUAGCAGCCUGGUGUGUAAAUUAUAGAUGUGUGCGGUAGAAUGAGUGUGGUAAUGUGUGUAGUUUAAGUGUUGGCUUGUAUGUGGAACUAAAUACAAAGUAAAGAUAAAUAUGGUCGCGUCGAGGGUGAUGAAAUCACCCAUAUUUUCUACUUUUUUACGUCUCUGAUCGAUAACUGAACUUUAUGUAUGAUGCAUUGUAAAC